AUGUCCUUCACAGCGCCCCUGCGCUCGUCGCUGGCGAAACCAUCCUCGAGUCGCCUGUUCUCGACAACAUCCACCCUCCAGACCAAGACCAUCAAGCCCCAAAAUCUACCGGCCAUUGCCUGCCCGCCGUAUCCCUACGGUCCCCGCCUCAUCUACAAACAGUCCAACAAGGGCCUGUACGGCACGACCCGCGUGCGCUUCGGCAACAAUGUGUCGGCACCACACAAGGUGAAGACGCCCCGUUUCUGGCGGCCCAACGUGCACAUUCGCAUCUACGACGUCGCCUCGCUCGGCUGCAAGGUCCGCACAAAGCUCACCAUGCGCGUGCUCAAGACCAUCAAGAAGGAGGGCGGCCUCGAGAACUACCUGCUCAAGGACAAGGCCGCGCGCAUCAAGGAGCUCGGCCCCACGGGGUGGAAGCUGCGCUGGGCCGUGAUGCAGACCAAGGCCGUCCGGGACAAGUUCAACGAGGAGAGGCUGGCCAAGGGGUUGGAACCCCGGCCGUGGACCGAGGAGGACGCCAGGAUGCUGCGGUUCGCGCUCGACCACGCCACGCCCGGUAAGCUGAGCAUCGAGGGACGUGGCGUGCUGGCCGAGCUUAAGGCUAGGGACGUGUUCACACUGGGCAACGAGGAGCUGGGCGAGGCCGUGGGCGAGGCGAUUACGGAUGAGACUGAGCCGGAGCUUCUGGCCAGGGAGGAGCUCGAGCAGGAGGCCGAGGCGGGGAGAGCAGGUCACCUCAAGGCAUGA